UUUUAUGAGAAAAUAUAAAUUUCAAGCAAAUUAUUUCAUCUGCUACUUUUCUUAUCGUAACGAGAGAAAGUAUAUUUGGUGUUCUACCGAAUCGGCGAUUCCUAAUAAUUCAAAAAACACAAACCCUAAUUUCAACGCUGGAUAAUCUUCUUGCUGCUUCCUUCGAUCUGGCCUCUUUUCGUGAUCAGGAGCGAUGAGUCUUGCGCAAGCUUACCGGUACACAGAAGGCGGUCCUUUUUAUGGUGACCCCAUGUCUUACUGGAAUAGGAACUAUGAUACUUCCACGAGCUCAGCUUUUCACUCAAAUUACAGAAGCCACUAUAAUAGCAACUAUAGUCACGUGAAGAAUUUUGUCGAACCCCUUGAAUAUUCUGGAUAUGGUAGAGAGUACAACCGCAGUUAUAAUAAUCAUCAUUCAAAGCCAGAUGGUGUUCCUUCUUUCUCGAAGAAGAGGAAACUUGCCACGUCAACUGGAGAAGUUACUGGAAGGUCAUAUCAAAACACUUAUGCCUACGUCAAACUUCCCUAUAGGCUCCCAAGCACAAAUGGAAACUUCUCAUCAACUGAGUUCAGCAUUUACAAUAAUGCACCGUCAACAUAUGAAAAUCAUUCAGCUGUUGCUCCUAUUAGUACGUCUGAUGCAAAUCCACACGGCUCAACAUCUCACAAGCGUGGCCGUUCUCUUUUUGAGGAUGGUGAUAGUGAUGCUUUAUUUUUGUCAAGAGAUGAAAUUGAAAGACAUUCUCCAUCGCGGAAGGAUGGUAUUGAUGCCAUGCACGAAACUCAUCUUCGGUUUUCGUACUGUGCUUUCUUACAGAACCUAGGACUUCAGCUAGAACUGCCGCAUACCACCAUUGCCACUGCUAUGGUUCUCUGUCAUCGCUUCUUUGUUCGACAAUCACAUGCUUGUCACGACAGAUAUUUGAUUGCUACCGCUUCUCUAUUCCUCGCUGCUAAGUCAGAAGAGACACCUCGUCCACUUUACAAUGUUCUGAGAGUAUCAUGUGAAAUCCUCCACAAUAAGGAUUUUACAUUUCUCUCUUAUGCACUUCCUGUUGAUUGGUUUGAGAAAUAUCGAGAACGAGUCCUUGGUGCAGAAGAACUGAUACUGGCAACUUUGAAUUUUGAGCUUAACGUCCAGCAUCCAUAUGCAUCCCUGACAUCCACUCUUGAAAAGUUAGGGUUUUCCGAACCAUUCUUGGUGAAUCUUGCUCUCAGCUUGGUCACUGAAGGGCUCAGAAGCUCACUUUGGCUUCAGUUCAAGCCACAACAGAUUGCUGCCGGUGCUGCCUAUCUUGCUGCCAAGAUGUUGCACAUGGAUCUUGCUUCAGGCCAUAGUGUUUGGAAGGAGUUUGAAACACCUGCACAUGUGCUCAAAGAUAUUGCCCAGCAGUUGGUGGAAGUACUUUAGAAGAUGGAAGAAGAUGGUAAACUAUGUUAUAAUCUUUGACAGCAUUUAUCUGCUUUUCAUACUGUAUAAAAUGGCGCAAUCAAAUACUCAAUCUAGUCUAUAUUGUAGUAAAAUUAAUUUGUCAGCGGAUGAGCAUCAGACAUGGUUUUAGAGUAAGAUGCCAUUCGUCCAAGUAAAUUGAUCGGUUGUAGACGUGCACGAUACACAUUUUUGAGCUAUUUAGAGUUCGGAUUUCAGUCAAUGAAAGGUGUAUUUACACUCAUUCACGUGUUCCUUCAUCUUUCUGGGUUGUGCUUAAAAAGGAAAUGCCAACCAAUAUGGAGUUUCCAACUUCUUUCCAGAUCUUGAAAGAGUAGUUUGAGAAUGACAUCUAUCCCCCCAUCUGCCCAUCCUAAUUGCUUUCAUAUCUUUUAAUACUUGUGAAACAGAGUUGGGAGUUGUAAACUCCACCAAACAAUGCAUGAUACCACUGAACGUAUCCUUUCUGUCACAAAAUGAAUAUUGCAUUUCAUACUAUUUUUAACACAACAAACAAGAGAAGAUUGAUAAUAUGCAACUCAUGAUCAUGUCCAUCCGAAAAUACACUAAGGGCAAAACAAACUCUUGAACCUCCCAGUUAUAGUUGUUGGAGACAGAAUCUAGAAGUUAUAAAGCGAAUCAAGUACCCAUCACGGGAUCAUUGUUACGUUGAUAACGUUUCAUGUGUUCAUGCAAGUUUGGAUCAUCAGAAGAAAUGAACAAUGUUCUUACAUGGGGAAUUCAUUUUUCUCACAAGUCGAAUCAAGAACGACCGUAGUUAUUUGACAAGGUUUUGUGUUCUCAUCGAAGUUCGAACGUUUGGUCGUUGUAGUAAGUUUGAAAGGAAAGUGUUGUUGUAGUAAGUUUGAAAGGAAAGUGUUG